AUGCCCAGAGAAGUCUUACAAUAUGAUAGUCUCAAGACUGUUUUACAGUAUAUAAAAGCUAACAAAAGACUUCAUCUUUCCCAAUUUAUUCCAUCAAUCCGUUUUGCCGAGAAAGCCGUGCCUCUCAAAAUCGACUAUCUUCAGUUCACUGAUCUUGGAGUUAAUAUCAACUCCACAACCUAUCAACUGAGUCUCUAUAGAGACUUUCAUCAAGGGGAAGAAGUCGUCGACCCCUUCCAAAAGGAGAACGAUAUGGGCGGUGUCCAAAAUGAUCUGGAUCAGUUCGGUUUCUUAGUUCCAAUAAAUAGGACGGACGUGGUACCAGGAGAAAUCGUUUUCGGAGAUGUUGUCCAUCAAAAUCGUAAUUUCGCACCAAAUUUUCACCCUUCGUUUCCGUGGUCUUACCAACAAAACGAUGAGCGAAUGAGACGAUACUAUGAGAACUGUCUAAAGAUAUACCAAAUAGCGUUGAUGAGACGUUUAGAGCAAGGAGAUCCAGAAAGAGAAGAAACUCCUGCACAUUCGUUUCCAGUAUUGGUCAGAUUGUUUUCGGAGGACGAACUGCUUGCAAUGGCUGGUCCAGUUUACCAAGAACUAACCGAGGAAGAGUUAGAACGGAAACUAGUCCUUCUCAAUCAAACGCCAACCCGGUCACUGGAGAUGUUAAUCACUCGUUUUCGCUAUUGUCUCCAGCCGUUUGAAUGCCGACAUAACAAUAAACCACUCCCCUUCACACCACUCAUCCAACUCACUAUCAAAAGAGAAGGCCAAGAAAAACGAAUCGAAAGGUAUCCAUACACAAUGAAACUGCACGAAACAAUGAGGAAACUCAUCCGAAUGAUGUUUGAAGGACGGAAUUCAAUUGUAAACGUUCAAAAAUUCUGCUUCUGGUGUAGACACAUAGUGCUCCGAAUUCCUGAAGGAUUGAAGAUCCGAGUAAGAGAUUUGAGAUUAAAUGAAAAUAUGAAUGGACGCCUUGAAGCUUCGAGCAACAUAAUUGAUGAAUCGAGUUACCCUCUUGAAGCACUCACCAUUGUCAACAUGAUUCAAGAAGAUGAAAUUGAUCCCUUUGCUCAUCCUGUUUUAACGAGUGUCCCGAGACUUACUUUGGAGGGAUUUAAGCCAGAGGAUAUGACUCGUCUAUUGAACCUAACAAACGACAAAGUCACUUUCAAAUAUUCUACGGGUCCCCGAGCUUUCACUGUUGAUGAUCUUAUUUCAUUCGUUCAAAAUAUUCUUGCAGCUGGAUCUCCGGUAGGAGUUUGUAGAUCAUUCAAAGUGCGGGAUAAGGCUUUAGCCAUACAUUUCUUAAAUCUGGUAGUGGAACAGUUCAAUGGAAUCAGAAGAUACAGAGCUGCCAGAAUCCCAAUGGGAAAUAAUUCUAUCCUCGAAAUGUUUUACAAAGAUACUCUCUCAAGUGUUCGAGAAGACCGUCCACAAAUUACGAGGUGGUACGUUUCAAUGACUGUUGUGGCGCCUUGA